UUUUUUCUUCUUUUAGUACCCCUCACCGAAGCGAUUCUGCAGCAGUUUCAGUCCCAAUCGCUGCUCACCUCGCCCCAGUUUAGCUUCAAGACGUCCCAGCGCAGUGGCCGGCACCUGUUGGUCGUGAACGGAGUGACCUUUUUCCGAAACCGGCACCGCAAUAACAAGCAGUACUGGAAGUGCAACCAGUACUACAAGUGCAAGUGUCCCUGCAUUGUGGUGAUUGACGAAAUCAACUCGCGGAUGAACGUCAAGCACAUCCACAAUCACGACAUUGUGGGAUCGGCGGGACCGGUGCCCGCGUUCGGGGGAACCUAUCAGCCCGCGAUUAGGACGACGGCGGCAGCUCCGACACUGUUGAACCAGACCAUGCUCGCCAGCGGCAGCUCCACUGCACUGCUGCGUUCUCCCACGUUUGCUCACUCUGUACAGCCUCGGGUGUAUUCAAAUAAACGAGAAUAAACUGUAAUUUGAACGUAUAACCCUUCCUUAUUCUAGUACUUCAUUUUUACGAAAAGUCGAGUUUUCGCGCAAAUCAACUAACCAAUCACUUACUUUCUUUCAGAACUCGACGAAAAGUACCACUUUCUGGUCCCGAAAGCCGAGAUGGAGGAGGCCCAGUUCGGUCUGUCCCAGCGGGGCGCCAGGAAGCUGCUCUGCCAAGGGUUCGAGUACGUCAAGGACCGCGACUUUUCCGACUCCACCAACUGGCGCUGUUCGCUGUUUCGGCGGCAAAAGUGCCGCGCGCGGGCCAUCACCAAGCUCAUCCAGGGUGUCACGUACGUCCGGCUUACGAACGACUCGCACUCACACCCGGUGAACGAGUACCGGAAGACGCCGAUCAUGAUGCCACCAAAAUGAAGUUUUAUUUUUGAGAAAUAUAUAUUUCAGACUUAGUACAUCGUGUUAA